GCAUAGCGCGGAAAACUCGCGGCUCGUUCGUACUACCAGAUCGGCCGCGUAUACACUCGUGUACGUCGGCCGUUGUAUACACGGCCGUUUCGGAAGAACUGUGCCGCUGAAAAACCGCUCGCCAAGUGCACGCGUCCGUGCACGUUUGUCAAAGCUCUUUAUUGCUCUGCAGCCCCCCAUGUAUUCAAAGCGGCCGAGCUCGGCGGAAAAUGAAAAAUCGCCCGAAAGUGCAAGCGUUUCGCUUUCUCUCUCUCGCGUGCACUCUUUUUUUCCUCUGACACGUACGCACUUUUAUCGCGCGCGAGCGGCGCAUAUGAAAGCUCAUCGUCUGGCUUUUUUCGCGCGCGACGAUGUGAUUUACGCGCAGGUGGAAGAGAGGCCCGCUGCUGCAGUCGCCGGCACUCGAGACGCGCAUACGCCCUUGUUUGGAGCUGCGUGCGUUGGUUUUUUUUUGCUGUUCGCGAGCUUUUGCGCGUGACGUUUACGCAGGGUAUAAAGUCGGUGUUUUUUUUUCGGCGCGGGGGUUAUUUUUGUAUCGCGGUUUGAUUUAGAAAUAUUAGCUGGCGAGGGCGACGGUUUUGUAUUGCGACUUUUUGGAAGAAACGGGUGAUUCAUUAUGAUUAAAAUUUGAAACUGUAUACAAAUUCUCGAUAGUCGAGUAGCUCUGAUAAUUUAUGCCGAACGGUAGUAGUAUCAGCCGAUAGCAGUUGCGGAAAUAGAAGAAAGCGUUAUCAUCUCUAUACGUUAUUCACUCUACGUACAAGUAAUGCCCUGUUUUAUUCUUAUUCUAAUAAAGACUUAGAAAGAUUAAAAAAUGUUUUAACAUUUGGUAAAAUUUCAACUUUUUUCGUUCAUUUUUAAAAGACAAGGUAUUUACCAAGUUUUGAAUCGAAUACAUUUUCCCCCGAGUUUACAUGAACAGAGCAAAACGUGCAUUAGAUAAUGCAAUGCCGCGGUUUUUAUAAGCGGUUCAGAUAACAUAUGCCCGCGACGUAAAUGUCCAUCACUCGUUUGCAGAACCAGUCUCAUUUGAGCAGUGACAGAGAUAACUUAUGCAGAAUAUAUACAGUUAUAAAAACUUAUAAUGGAGUUGAACACUAAUCAGACCAUGCAGCAUUUGUUUUAUUUUACGCUCUUUACUCUGAUCUACACUUGCAGUGCUUUCAAUGAUGGUCAGCAGUCAGUCACGCGAAGUUUCUCGAAAAACUAUACUAUUCCGAGUGAAACGGGUGUGACAGCCUCAAACUUGCUUUUAUCAGCGCUUGAUAAUGAAACAGUGAAUGAUGCAUUCCAUUACGCAAUUUGUAAACAGUUAGAUUCAGAGUUUGCGUGCAAUAUAACGCUUGAAACAUGGCCUUUUGCACAUGGUACCUUUAGAAGUGAUUGCGCUGAUUUCAAGAUAAAUUUACCAGAAAAUAAUAAUUCUGCCUUAUACCUAACUACCAUUCGUAGUGGCUCUAACAAGAUUUUACUAAACGCAUUUACGUUUUUUGGAGAAGAUGGGAAUCGUUUGAAGUAUGAAUUCACGCUUAUCGACAUGUCAAAGUGUACCAGCAUACAACAUUUUAUAAUGGAUACGAAAAUGGUUGACAGCGAAUCUCCUAAAUUGGUAAAUGUGCACAAAAAUGCUCUAGAGGUCGGAUACGCUAAUGAAAAACAAUGUGAUGGUAAACCUUCUUGCAAGAUAACUUAUGAUUAUGAGGGUAAGAAAAUCGGCGAAACUGAACCUUUCAACCUAAAACACUUGCAAUUCGAUAGCUCAUCAAAAGCAGUGUUGCCCGUGAAUUAUCAAAAGCCAGGCAAGGGCUAUUACAUUAUUGAACGUGACUUUGCUCACUCGCUAUAUGCGGUAUCCUACGUCGAUUCCUCUGGUGAAGGCAAAAGACAAAUUUCAAAUUGGAGUCCUGAUAACAUACAAUAUGCAGCUAUUUCAUGUGCUCACGAACUUUAUACUCAUUGUCAUAAGAAUGAGAAUGAAGAUAGAACGGUACACUGUGCUCAAUACGAUACUGUAAAAUUAAGAAUGAAUAUUACGAUCGAGACGCUGAAUACUGUCGUAUGGCUGGCGGUGCGCGAUCUUUCAGGUGGAGGGUUUGUACUAGCAACAGGAAGUUGUACUUCGACAGAUGAAGAUAUUAUUGAGGACCUGUAUUCUUGCAAAGAAUUCCGAAUUCAAAGAUUUUCUGAAGACGGUCAAAGGUAUAAAGCAUUGGACAUCGACGAGUUGGAAUUUUCGAUCCAACAUACCCCUCGUCAGUUGCAAGUAAUGAUCAGUGAGAAUGAUAACGAUGAAUUUUGCAUAUUUUUGGCCUCGAGGAAUCGCUUGAAAGACAACAACAAUGGAUAUUAUUCUUUUAAUAAAUGGUGCGUGCCAAGAAAAUAUACAUCGGUUCGUGACUAGGAAAGUAUGCAAUAGAAGCAUUAAAGAUCAAUGUUAAAGGUGAAAUUGUGAAUAAUAUGAUCUAAAAAACUCAAUAAAAAUUCAUACCAAUUUCAAUUA